GCCAUGGUUACGAACAAGUAAAACGCUUGCGUUCAUUACAAUUGCUGUUAUUUUUUACUUUUGUUCAGAGGAUCUAGUAUCUAAUUUUCGAUCCAAUUCUUGUAUCAAAAUGAACGAAGUUGGAAGUUUAGAAAUAAGCUGGAUCCAAGGAUUUACAGGAGAAAACGUGGAGUUUUUGGACGACAGGACGGUGUGCUACAGGUGUGGUAAUCACAUAAGCUUCCUGAACCUGGAGACAAAAAGCCGCAGUGUUUUUCAGAGUCCUGGUAGAGGCGUCGGUGCGCUAACUGCUAACGGCAAAAUCGGAGUGUUUGCUUUUUCUGAGAGAAAACUCAAUCCAUCUAUAUUUGUCUACACGUUUCCCGAAUUAGAUUUGAAGAAUGAACUGAAAGGGGACGCACGCAUGGACUAUACAUGUAUGACAUUAAGUGAUGGAGGUCCUUAUUUGGGCUGCUGCUCCUCGCUUCCUGAGUUCUCCAUCACAAUAUGGAACUGGCAAUCUGCUGAGGUGCUCUGUACACAGUCACAAGCAGGAAAUUAUGUAAUUUCUUUACACUUCAACCCCAUGAACUGGCUGCAACUUUGUGCUUUGGGCACCACAACCGUUACUGUCUGGAAAAUAGAAAGAUGUGGGAGGUUUCACAUUCUCAGCCCAAGCAUAGUACCGCUUCCAGCAACCGAUGUCUUUUUGGCAGAGAACCUCCAUCCCCCUCCAGCCAAGAACCCAACCUGCUUUGUUCCAGACAUGCGUUUUUCUUCACAGCACACCAGAGACACCGUGACACCAUCUUCCCUAUGCUGGACAGCAACAUCACAACUUAAUGUAGGCUGUUCUGAGGGUCACCUCCUCCUUGUUGACCCUGAAAGCCUUUCUGUUUUCGUUCUUUUCAACCCUGCAGCUGCUGAUCCCAUACCUGAACUCCAAAAUUUCUGUUUUCAAGCUUUAAGUUUUACUAGAAAUGAUCUUAUUGCAGUUGAUAAGGAGGGUGUGGUCCAUUGUCUGGAGUUCAGACAACGUAAGAUCCACAUCACCCAAACAUGGAAGUUAGAAAGACCCAUUUCGACAGCAGUACUCUCCCCUGACGAUAAAACAUUACUUCUAUCCUCUAAAACAGGGCAAAUCUAUCUGCUGAACCUGGCCAAGUCAGACCAUAUAGAGGAAGCUCUGAACAUUCUCAGCGGCAACUUUUUAACAGCCACUUCGUGUCAAACUGACAAAACUGACAUUUGUGUGUCCUUAAGGGAGGGUGGAGUUCUGCAGCUGUGGUCCUCUGAUGGCACCUGCAUCGGCUCCCUGGAUCUACAAACAGAAGCAACAACUCUUGCCUGCUGUCCCAUUGCUAAUUAUGCAGCUGUUGGAACAGCUUCGGGAAAAGUCCAAUUCAUUGACUUAAACGAUGAGAAGCAACUUUGCCUGGUGCAUGAGGUUUACCUCUACCACACUGCUGUGGAUCAUCUAGUUUUUGAUCAAGAGGGACACUACCUUUUCUGUAGUGGAUUGGAUUUACAUCUAUAUGUGCUCAACCCAAGGCCAUCAGCAAGGUUUUCAGUAAUAGGAUACAUUGAUGUUCCUGGCCACAUUUUGUCCCUCUCCACCCAGUGCCUCCCGGUCGAAAGUGGGGAACUGAAGAUUCUCAUACUGUGUGCAACACAGGACGGAAAUGAUCAUGGUAGCUUGCUGAUCGUGUAUUCAAUGCCUGUUGGUCUGACUGAAGUGUCAGAGUUUGUAGACCGUAACGGCUGUCUGCACAUCCCCAAAAAGUUCACAUACAAAGUGCAACCUCCUCUGACUUCCUGUGCUCUGGGAGUCGAUGAAGUCUUUGCUUAUUGUCAAAGUAAAAAAUCUCUUCAGAGAUUUCAGCUUCCCAAGGAGACAAAUGAUCCGUCCAGCCAACAGAUGAUCCAGCUGAAACCAAAGGAUCAGGUGAAAGGUCACCCACUCGGGCCUGCCUGUGUCCUUCUGUCUCCUGACAGCUUGUGGCUGGCCUCUGUUGGACGAGAUGGCUUACUGCGGAUCAGGCCAACUGCCUUUAUGGGACAGUACUGUGAGCUGUGGUGUCAUUCCUGUCGACUCGGUGGAGUUCGGACUGUCUCCUUCUCUGAAGACAGUAACACAGUUUUCACAACUGGCUUAAAAGACGGUUCUCUCCAGUGCACCAAGCUCAGACUUUCAUACAGAAGGGAGGAUGCAUAUCGCGAUAUGAUCGCUCUGCCCUUGAGAACCUUAUUCCUUGUUGAAAACUCUGAGCUGAGGAAGCUUUCUGUGUGGGUUGAGAAGACUCCAGUUGGCUGCAAUAACACAGAGGAAGAUGCGGUCAGUUGUGCAGCAUUGAUUGAUGCAAGGGAGCGAGAUGCAAGUUACAUUUCCCCUGCUCAAAACUCAAACUCAACCUGGAAGGAAAAGAGACAAGAAGCUAUUGUAAAAGAAGACAAUGAGAAGUGUGCAGAAACAAAGACAUACCUGAGAGAAGAGAUGACAAGUAUACGGGAGGCUCUUCAAAAACUUAUGCUUGAAAAUGAGCAUGUCCCUAUUGAAGAGUUUAACUUGGAUGUGGAGGGGCAGAGGGCAAUGGAUUCCAUGGUGGAGGAGGAAGCUGAGAAGGUGAGGGCGGAAAUUCAGCUGGACAUUGCAAAAAACCGUCACCUCUAUGAUGUUAUGAAGAGGGAAUGCUGGGAUUCCUUUAUGGUCAAACCCAGGAGCAUCAUGGCCUUCCACUCUGAAAUGGAAGUGAAGAACUAUCCCCUCAAAGAGAGAACAGAGAAGGAGUUGGAGGACCUCCAUAGGGUUCAAAAUAUAAGGAAGAAUGAAAUGGCUGCAAACAGGCUGAGUGGCCAGGAGAAAAGUGACAGCGAACCGGAGGAAGAGCCAGCGGAGGAGGAAGGCCAUGGGGCAGAGAGCACAGCUCUGAGUGGAAGCAUUUCAGCCCAGCUAGGAUAUUUCAAUCCUUACCUCUACAACCAGUUCAGCUUGAAAACUAUCGAACAGAGGAGCAACCAGAUCAUAUUGUUACAGGAUUUGGUUUAUGACAUCAAGAUGGAUUUCAACUCAGAUUUCGAAGCUCUGCACAGGGGGAAAUUGGAAGUGCUCAGACAUGUGAAGGACGGGAACAAAAGGAUCCGGGAACUCAUGCUGAAACUAGACAUAGAGCAGAAGCUGUGGGAGCCCAGUCUGACCGACAGCGAGUGGCCAGAGAGACUGUUCACUUUGGACGACUCUGAGAUUAAGGCAGAGAAAUACCUCAACCUGGAGCAGAAAGAAGAAGAAGAAGAAGAGAGGCGGAGGUUGGCGACGGAGAACCACCUGACUGCACACGAAAUGCCUCCUCCUGAGUUUGUUUUGACCAAAGCUGAAACUCAGUGUUGCAUCGAGGAGAGAGAAGUAUGCAAAGAAAAUGAGAGGAGCUUCAAAGAUCUCGAUAAAGAGGACGGUAUAAAGGCGCCUGAAAUUGAAAUGAAAGCUCUGCAGCAAUCCAUCAAAUAUAAAACUGAAAACUUUGACAAAAUGCUUGCAGAGCUUGAGGAAAAGAAACUCAAAUGCACAAUAGCUAUAGAUCAGGAAGAGAUGAAGAUCAUCAACCUGAAUUAUACAGUGAUCAAGGCUGAGCAGUUGGACAAUCAAGAGCAGAAGCUCAAGCUAAAACUUGAACAGGCGUCUGCACACAAGAUGAAAAUGGCGAUAGCCUUGAGGACAUAUAAGGAGGAGGUGAAACAGUUUCAGUGGGAAUAUGACAGAAUUGUAGCUGAAGACAAAGUUCUGGAUAAACAGUUUAGGAGGGACUUUGCAGACGUGCCAAACAACAUGGUCAAGCAGCUUUACAAGCUGUUCAAAUGUAGACCAAAGGUUCAAGUUUUGAGGGCCCAGACUGGAAACCCACCCAACUUCUUAAAGCAGCGUCACCUGACUGACUCCGCUUCUCCUGAUGGACUCAGUCAACUUCUCAAAGCCAUGGAAAAGCUGGAUGCUCCAGAAAAUAUGCCAAAAAUGCUGAAACCAUCCAUCUGGAAGAGAUUUUGUCUUGUGCGCAAAACAAAAGUAGAGUGUGAACAAACGAUUCAUAGAAAAGCAUUAAAUCUCGCUGAGAUGCAGGCCUUUCUGCAGAGAAGAAAAGACCAACUUGAUCUGGCAGAAAAAGAGAUCAGUCAGAUUAGUGACGCCAUUCGGAGCGUCGUGGACGAGAGGAACGAGCAUCUCACUAACUACACGGUCCAGGUUGUAGUGAAAUAUGGACAGGUGGAGCCUUCAGUUUUGUCAACUGAUACACCUGGAGAGAACGCCGCCAUCGUCCACAGAAGUGUGGUAGAGAACUUGACGGCACUCAAGAAAGCAAACACAAAGGUCCAUAAAAACAUCGCCCAUCUGGAGUGGGAGAAUCGGGUAUUGAACAAGAAGUUGGAGAUUUUAAAAGAGCAGAAGAGGGAAAUCAGGCGGCUUAAACUCUCAGAGGAGCAGAAGGAAAUGAUGUUUCUCAGCAGGCAGGAUUGGAGCACUCACACGGAAGAGAAAAUUUCCAAAAUGGAACAAAGUAUUGCUUUGAUGAAAAAGAUCCACGAGAAAAACAUUCAACAGCGCAAGAAAAGGUUGCAAGGGGUCAAGAAAAAGAUGGCAAAGAUAGCAGAGAGCAAUGCUGACCUAGAGAAGGAGCUUCCUCGUGUUCAGGAGACUGUUGCAAAGCUGACACAGAUCUAUGAACGAGGAGCUGGAACGGAAGAUGAAGACGCAAAAAGAGAGAAGCGCUUUCAGGAAAUCCGUAAGAAGGCCAUACAGAAGAGACGUGCAAAGGCUCAGUCAGAGGAACUGGAACGACUCCAGAGAGAUCAACAGCGUCUGGAAAGAAAAUAUUAUCCCACAUUCGAUUAGUUGCAGUUCAACUAAUGAACAACAGUUUUAUUUGUUGACUUUGUUGCAAACGGGCAUAAAAUGUUAAUGUUAAAAUGUUAAAAGAUAGAUUAGAUCUUUAUAGUGUCUUACACACAAUCCUUUAAGUAAAUGUAUUGUUUUUUUGAACGCAGUACAUUUUGCCACAGGAUGUUAAUGUUGUUACCUUUGCUGUGAACAAGAACUGGAAAUAUAUACAGUUAACUGUGUUAACUCCUUUUUGG